AUGGUAUUCGAAAAGUUUAAGGAGGAUGAAAGUGAAUUAAUAUUAAAAAAGUUGAAAAGAGCAGGUUUUAGAAAACGUGAAUUUAAAGAUACUGGCAAGGACAGCUUAUUUAGUAUAGGAAAAAAAGAACGCGGGACUGCCAAACUGCCGGCACAAAUUUUAGGCUAA